AACGUAUAAAUUGAAGAACGAAACGUGUUUUAUGAAGUGGUUUUAUUUAAUGAUGCGCUGCCGCGCUGGUUACUGUAAUGAACGUUACAAUUAAAUUACCUAUAUAAUUUUUCUCCCUAAAUUUCACAAUAAAUUAAGUGUUAGUAGCGUCUGUUAUAUUCGAAAAUAUUCUGAACGUUUCACGAUCACGAACGCUUGUGAAACAAAACGCAGUCAAAUUCCAAACGUAAACAAAGGAAGGAAGUGUGACGUUAUUUUGAAAAUUUCGCAAAAACAAAUGAAUAAAAAUGUAAAAGUAAAGUGAAUUUCAUAACCAGUGUUAAUAAUAUCCUGAGUUGCUUGUAAUCUGUUAUCAAUAUCAAUUAAAUAACUGUUUUUAAGCGAUAUAAUGUGAUAAUCUGCACAGGAAAUGUGUCCAGUCUACCAUUCGAAAUCGUGAUAUUUUAUUGAAUCAUGGGUACAAAUUAUAGAGAAUUAUUUAAACUAUAUGACUUAAUUCAAAAUGGAGAAAUAAGCUCUCUCAAAUGUUACUUAAGAGAUAAUAUUGUAGCAGUAAACGACAUAUUACCAUGCAAAGGUAUAGGUUUAUUACAUUUGGCUGUGGGGGUAGACCCCCCAGACAAGUCUGAGGAGUUUACAGACAUCCUCCUAAAAUAUGGGGCAGAUCCCAAUGUUUGUAACAAUGACGGUAUAACACCCCUGCAUAUUGCUGCAAUAUGGGGCCGGGUGGAUAACCUGAAACUUUUGAUUGGCUGUGGAGGGGACCCCUCACUGCAGGACUUAGAUGGACACUCAUCAUUUGACUAUGCUGUCAAGGAAGAGCAAUGGGAAGUAUAUGACUAUCUACACAAUGUAGUGGACCCCCUUGAUGACUCCAUAAACUCUCCUUGUGGCUAUAGUUUAGAUUUAGAUAAAGUACUAGUGACAACAGAUGAGAUGGUGGCACAAUAUGAGCCCAUCACACAGCCGCAUUUAUCAAGCAUAACGGCACCAAGGAAAUCUGAAAUGAUCCGAGAUUGGUGCGAAAAAACCAGUCUUGUUGUGAACAAGUUGUACCCAACUGUAAUAAAUGACACAUAUUUAAUAGAAAAUGAAUCUGUGCCAUGGAAAAGUAUUGAUUUUACCAAAAACAUUACCCUUGAUCUCACAGAAAGUGGGUUAUCAAACGAUAACCUGAAUGAAACUAGCUUUAAGACAUGUUUAUCUAAAAAGUUAUCAGAUGAAGUUGACAUAAGUGGGAUACAGCGGUUAGAAAUAACAUCUGACGAGUCAAAGGAUUCUUGUUCUUGCUCGAGUCAGUUGAAUGUGAGACGCGACCACCGCAUGAGUAUUUAUGAGAACUUCUCACUGCCAGGAUCUCCAAAUAGCAUCAUACACAAAAAUUAUCACACGAAAAGUAGUUUAAAAAAGAGCAAAUGCUAUUGCAAAGAUAAAACACAAUCAACAUUUAAUACACAAUCACUUGGAAGUGACGAUUCAUCACAGAGAUUAGAUAAAGCGAUGGUUAUAGUACAAAAUAGGACCAAUGAGUGGUUAUGGUCAAGUAAUGAAGGUCAGACUUCUGUGAUCAAGGACCAAAAUACCAGGAGAUCAUCAGCUAGUAGUGGUGUGAGUAGUAACUAUUCUUCAGGAAGCAUAGUCAUCGCUAAUAUGCAGGAAGAAUAUAAGUAUGAGGAUAAGGAGGAAGAUGUUGUGUUGAUCGAGAAAAGGUUGCUGGUGUCUCCUAUUGUGCUACCUCUGGACGAAGCAGCAGAUACAUCAAGUCCAGAUCAGACCAUUAUUUCCGUGGCCUCCUCACUGCCUCCCUCUGUGCAGUACGACAACAACACUCUGAAAGAAGAACUGGUCAAACUAGGAUUCAAACCCGGACCCAUCCAGGAUUCCACUAGGACAUUGUACCUGAAGAAGUUACAGGCCCUAAAGAAAAGUCCAAUUGUUGUCAAAAAUCAAGGAAAAACAUACAGCGUAGAGUUGGAAAAAUCACUGCGCGACGGGGAGUGGAUGAAGAAUCUGUCUCCGUACAUAGAACUGGAGAACAAAGCUCGAGCAUCGUUCGCGAGCGCUGAUCGAGCGCGGCGCUGGCGCGGCGGAGACGCCAAGACGUCGUUCUCGUACCUGCUGCUGGACCCGCGUGUGGCCUCCGCGCUGCCCGCGCGCGCCGCCGGACUGACGCCGGUCGCUUGCUGGAACACCUUCCUCGACUCCAUCUUCUAUGUUGGAAAAGGUAAACGUUCCCGUCCAUACUCACACCUAUACCAAGCCCUCACCCUCUGGAAGAAGGACUUCACCACGUCCAGAGACAAGAAGGUCCAGCACAUACUCGAUAUCUGGUCAGACAAGGUCGGUGUCAUCUGUCUCCACAUCUUCCAAAACGUCAUUCCAGCCGAAGCUUAUACAUACGAGGCAGCCAUGAUUGACGCCAUAGGCCUUCAGAAUCUGAAGAAUAUAAAAGCUGGCAACUACUACGGUGCGACUGCGUCCUGGCCGCUAAAGGAAAAGAAGUUAUUGGGACUGUAUUUGCUUUAUAAGGCGAUGUUGAUAUUUUUCAAUGAAGGAGAGAGGCAGUUGAGGCCUGAUGAUAUUGACUGACACAUGACUUUCACUACCGUGGUCCCACGACAUAGUUUGUUUUAUGGACGUGAUAUUCUGUUUUAGGAUGGAUGGAUGUUGAAUUUUAACCAUAGACGUAAUGAGGUCGUUGCCAUUUACACGUGUGUUUGAAAUCGUAUGUAACGAACGAAUUGACCGAUUUUAUUUUAUUGAUGGCUUUCCUGUUUGAAAGCCUAUUUUAAUUGGGUUUAUUCUUAGCUAUUCGAAGAACUAAUUGUACAUUACCUUUCUAAUUAUAUUCCUUUGUAGCAAUGAGAUUGUAGAUGUAGAUUUCGUCGCUAAGGGGUUAUAUUGUAGUGUCUGUGGCAAUACAAAUAAAGCCCCGUGGAAAAUGGAAUUUUAACGCACGUGUACCUGCGCGUACACACAUAUACACAAAUAUGGCCAUGGUAGUGAUCUAUUGAAGAAUAAAGUAUUAAUUUCCAAGCUCUCUGCAUUUCAGCGUCAUAAGAUGCGGUUGUGAAUAUUAUUGAAACGAUUGUAAGGUUUAUAAGUAUAUUUAUGGUAAUUUAUUUUGAACUCUUAAAUUUAGUGAUGUUGAUGAUCUACAAGGAGUCUAGUUGGAGCUCAACUUUAUUUAUACUUAAUGCUACUGCGCAUUAUACUUAGUGAUAGUUAAAUUUCAAUGAAGUGACAACUAAAAAUGUAACUGAUUGCAACAAAAUAUGUCUAUUGAAAGUUAACCCAUUUCUACCCAGAAAAGUAGGAAACUAAACCCUAUGCUCAGCGUACGUCGAUAGCACAGCGUACGCACGUGCUUUUUGGCCGUCGCAGUACAAAUAUUACAAAGAGAUACAACGAAUCCAUUUCUGAACACGAAUCUAUACAUAUAUAAUACUCAAGCUAGUGUAAGAACUUAGAAAUAUGAAAAAGUUCUUAACAGCGCUGGCUUAAUCUAUUUAUGUAUGUUAUAGAAUAUAUUAUCGUUGACUUAGUAUACCAUAUAACACAUGUUUCGAACUUACUUUGGGGCCAACUCAAUUUGUGUGAUUUGUGUUGUUGACAUAUUUAUUUUUAUUUAUAUUUCUGCGACACGCAAGAUUUGUUAACAGGGAGCCCUCUGCUCUGUUACGCUCCGUCCACGCUUACGACAAUAUCAAAUUGAUGUAAAACGACGGUGCAAUACUCUGCAUUACGGAACUGUGAGGCCGCUCACUAAUACAGCGCGUGCUCAACAUCACUACAUAGUAAAACAAAGUAACUCCCCGUUGUCUGACCAUAUGUUUGCUUAGAUAUUGAAAACUACGCAACUGAUUUUGAUACGGAUUUUUUUUAUAAAGAGAGUGAUUCAAGGGGAUGGUUUAGGUGUAUAAUUUAUUAAAGUUUUACCUGAGCGAAGCCGGGACGGGCCGCUAGUUGAAUAAUAUUAUGCUUAGGUUAACCAAACUUGAACAAAGUAUAAUAAUAACGUGUUUAAUUAAAAUUUUUGUAAGGCAUUUUACUACCUUGCUUUUUUGUACAUUUACUUUUUAAUGUGAUUUCCUGCAUAUACUUGCAGAAUUAUUGUACAAAGUUGCCAAAGUAUUUAUAAGUUUUUACAACAAAUAAUUUAUGCCUUAUUGCCACUUAUAGUUGACACUAUUUUGAUACCUGUAAUCGAUAUUUAUUCUAGUAAGCUUUAAUUUUGCACGCCUAUAAUAAUUAAGUUACCACUUACUAACAAACUAACCAGUAUUACGAAACAAAUAAGAUUCCUUCAUAAAGUUUCGAGAACCAAAUGCUUAAUUUGUAUCAUUCUAUUAUAAGUUCGUAUUAUUUUGGACCGGUGACAGUUCAUAUUUUAUAUUCCAUAUUGCCGUAUAUAUCUUAAUCUUGUAUUGAAGUUUAUCAAAAUCUUUAAGAGGCUAUUCGGAAAUGUUAUCCACUCAUUUUAUUUUGAUUUAAACUUAUAUAUUUACCGCUCGAAUUUCGAAAGAUUUUUUAUAAUGUAUUUUAAUAAUGUUCAUACACCCAUAAUUCUGAAUUGAAGCAUAAAUAUAAAUUAAUUGUAUUCCUAGAUUUAUGGUUUAUUGUAUUUUAAUGAGUACAUUCAAUUGCAGUUGCACUAUGAUUUAUUUUCAUUUGUUUUUAAUAACACGUCACAAAUAAUUUGAUGAAAUAAAACACAUUUUAAGAAAUAA